AUGAGAGGACAGGAGACACUAUGGCCACAGCUCGUUCCUGUGUUGAAGCUUGGUGAAGACUGGCAGCCAACAGGUGAAGCUGUAGCCACUAAUACACUGCGAUUCCUCCGUGAGUCUAUGGAGAAGGUGGCCAAUUUGGAGCGGUCGUCAACCCAGAUGCGCCUCACCAUUUAUCAGAUUGUCCACUCUGACUUGGUCAAGCUAGCUGACAUCGACCCUGAGCUAUCUCCAGCAGCCCAUUUUGCUGCUCUCUAUACUCAGUGCAUGUGGUCUUCAAUAAGAUUCUCUCUACCAGAAACUGGCUCACACCAUCAUCACUGUCAGUGCAGCAGAGUGGUGCCUUGAAGAGCAAUGUUGACCAGCUCUUGAGGAACACCUUCCGCUUACGUCACGCUUCACCAAUCUGAGUCCUCAAGCAGAGGCAAGCAUCAGAAACCUCCGGGUGCGCACACUGGCACUACAGCUUGUGUAUGUUGUACAUGGCUCCACAGGGUCGCUCUAGGCCUGUGCGACAACUUCCUUGAACACACAGAAGCCUUACACAGAUACCUCACAGACGAGAAGUUAAGCGGUGACUCGUUCCUAGAAACUGUGUUCGAGGAGCUCAGCCAGCUGGAGGAACCAAGGCCAGGAGCUGUAGCAAGGAUCUUGCAGCCGCUGCUUAUUUCUCAUCCUGUUCCUGCUCUAUCCCCUAUUACAAAUCCCAGGGAGAUCCGGAUGUGUUCCGCAGAGAUCCUUGAGCCUCAGCCAGACAGUGAGGUCAUCUACAAACUUAGUGCAGGACUCGUGUAGGGGUGCCUCUGGAU